AUGUCCUGGAUUUGGGACUGGCUCUCGAGUGUGCUCAAUUUUUUAGGUCUUAGUAAAAAGAAUGGGAAACUGGUAUUUCUUGGUCUGGAUAACGCUGGAAAGACGACGCUACUGCAUAUGUUGAAAGACGACAGGAUGGCACAACAUGUGCCCACUCUGCAUCCAACUUCGGAAGAGUUGACUCUUGGUGGUAUUCGAUUCACCACCUUUGAUCUUGGUGGACACGCACAAGCCCGCCGUGUCUGGAAAGACUACUUCCCUGCGGUAGACGCCAUAGUUUUUUUGGUAGACUGCGCAGACUUGGGACGCAUUCCUGAGAGUCGGACUGAGCUGGAAUCUCUUAUUAGGGAUGAACAGGUAGCAGCAGCGCCAAUCUUGAUUCUCGGAAAUAAAAUCGACAAGUCAACUGCUUUGAGCGAAGAACAACUUAAAUGGCAUCUUGGUGUUCAACAUAUGUGCACGGGAAAAGGUGAAGUGUCACGCAGUGACUUAUCAUCACGACCGAUGGAAGUGUUCAUGUGUUCGGUGUUGCGACGACAAGGUUAUGGUGAAGGUUUUCGCUGGCUGUCGCAGUAUCUCGACUAA